AUGGGGGCCGGGCAGAGCAGAGAUUCCGGCGGUGACGACGCGGCGGAAGUAAAGACCAGCUACUAUGAGCUGCUAGGCGUGCAGCGACAGGCGACAGAAGAUGAGAUCAAGAAGGCAUAUCGAAGGAAGGCUCUCGAACUACAUCCGGAUCGCAACUAUGGACGGGAAGAGGACGCAACGAAGACGUUCGCAGAGGUGCAGUCUGCCUACGAAGUCUUGUCGGAUCCACAGGAGCGGGCAUGGUAUGACAGCCAUGAGAGUGCCAUCCUGCGAGGCGACGAUAGUCAAGGGCAGGACGAGACCCCGUCGUAUUCGAAUAUCAAGAUAACGACAGCGGAUGACCUGGCACGGCUGGUAAGGAAGUUCAACAGCAAUGUCGAGUUCGAUGACUCUCCAUCCGGCUUCUUCGGCUUCGUCAGAGAGACGUUCGAGCAGUUGGCUAAGGAAGAAGAGGCCGCAGCGAACUGGGAGAACGUAGAUGCGCCGGACUACCCUUCGUUUGGACACAAGGACGACGGCUACGAUGAUGUGGUCAAGAGUUUCUACUCGGCUUGGUCAAGUUUCUCCACCGUCAAAGGCUUUGGAUGGAUGGACAAAUACAGACUGUCCGAGGCACCUGAUCGAUGGUACAGGAGGAGGAUGGAGAAGGAGAACAAAGCUGCGCGGCAGGAGGGCAUCAAAGAGUUCAACGACGCCGUGCGGUCGCUCGUUGCGUUUGUGAGGAAGCGCGACCCUCGCUACGUCCCGAGCACACAGUCGGAAGCCGAGAGGCAGAAGAUUCUGAAGGACGUGGCGGCAGCGCAGGCAGCACGUGCACGAGCUGCUAAUUUGGAGAAGCUGAACAAGGAGGCUGUGCCUGAGUGGGCCCAAUACCGCGAGCCGGAGGAGCUGGAGGAGAGCGAGGAGGAGGAAGUGGAUCAAGAGGUGUAUGAGUGCGUGGCUUGCAACAAGGUCUUCAAGAGCGAGAAGCAGUGGGAGGCACACGAGAAGAGCAAGAAACAUCAGAAGGCCGUGUAUGCUUUGCAGAAAAAGAUGCGGAAGGAGAAUGCACACCUGGAUUUGGGAGAGGGUGACGUGAGCAGUGGCAUGGCUACUCCGAUGGUGGAGGAUGAUGAUGUCGAUGCAGAGGAAGAGGACAUUUUGGAUGAUGAGGCGGCCGAGGUUGAGGACCAUGAGGCAAGACGCAGUGGAGACAUGGACGACGGAGGCAGCCAAAAAGAGGAAGUCGAUAAAGGCGAGCCUAAAGACAAGCCACCCCAGGACGUCGACAACGACGAGGCAGAUUCCGACUCCGAGAACUCCGACUACGCUUCCGUGGACGCCAUACGCAACCGCUUGCAGGACACCGGCCUCACCAGUGCGCCGACGACCACUUCAGAAGCGGACGGCGAGCCCAACGCCGCCGGCAAACCGUCUGAGGAGCAACCAGAGGACGACAAUGGGUCUCAGAAACCAAAGAUGGGCAAAGCAGCUCAGAAGCGGGCGAAGAAGGCUGCUGCCGCCGCCGAGACUGAGCAGGCGGCCGGAACUCAUUCAUGCGCGACUUGCAAUGCUUCGUUUCCCUCAAAGACGAGGCUGUUCCAGCAUAUUCAAGGUCAUGGCCAUGCGGCGCUCAAACCUGUUGCUGGGGGUGGUGGGAAGACGAAGAAGGCGAAGGAUGCUGCUCCGGUCGCUCCUGCUGAAAGCGGGCGGUGUCACGCGGAAGUCGGCCGGUUCGUCUUUGACAAGGCACAGCUAGCUCAUGUUGCGUUCACGCUGCUCGCGGCCGUUGUUCGACAGGAUGCAGGGUGCUACUCGAAGCCAGGACACCGGCAAGAUAGUUCCACGGAUACUGCUUACCUGACGUGCCAAUCGAAGGUCUUAUGGGCCAGCAUGGGAGUAUGUGCGGAGAAGAAACAGCAAGGUUUCCUGCCUUAA